CUAUCUACGAUGCUGCAAAUUCUGUUACCCAUUAUGUGCGUUUGUCAUUCUUGCUGCUUGUGUGGUAGCGUGUGUUGGCUUAGUCUGGAUGCAGGUGGCUCUCAAGGAGGAUCUGGAUGCAAUAAAGGAGAAGUUUCGAACUAUGGAAUCUAAUCAAAAGACAUCAUUCCAAGAAAUUCCAAAACUGAAUGAAGAUUUGGUGCAGAAGCAAAAGCAACUAGAACAAAUUGAGACUGGAGAACAGGGGCUAAAUAAAAUUUGGAUAAAUAUCACAGAGAUCAAUAAACAGAUAUCACUAUUGACCUCAACAGUAAAUCAUCUCAAAAACAACAUAAAGUCUGCUUCUGAUUUGAUUUCUCUUCCUCUCACAGUAGAGAAACUUCAGAAGACUGUUGCAAACAUAGGUAGCACUCUUACCAGUGUUUCUCAUGAUGUUGAGAAUAUACAGACAGCUAUUGAAGAAUACAAGAAAUCCAUAGAAGUACUCCAGAACGAUGUGGAAUUAAAACAGAUAACUUCGCUUCCCUCCUCUGUUGUGCCAAGGACUGAGAGAAAUCAGACAGAAAAUUGCAAACAGGAAAGCCAGUCACUGCGUGCAGCGUUGGAGGACCUGAAUAAUACUGUAGUAGCGUACCAAAAAUUGAAUGACAUCAAGCUUCUAAAUGUGGAUUCAGCCAUUGGUAACCUUAGCCGGAGGGUUAUGCUCUUAGAAAACUCUCCCCUUGCUGUGAAUAAUCUGGACAAAAUAGAGAACUUGUCUACCAACGUGGGGAGUGAUGCAACUACCUCUCUAAAAGUGGAAAAUGUGGAUCAACUAGAUAAUGAAACUCAUUCAAAUAAAGAACUGAAGGAAACAGGAACUAGAGAUUCUCAGGUAUCAAAGCUAAGAGAGAAGCUUCAGCUGAUCAGUGCUCUCACAGGCAAGCCAGAAAAUGACAGACCCAUUGAGACAUCAAAGAAUGUUGAAAGUAGUCUGAGUACUACAGCAAAGCCCACAGACCUUUCAAGGCUGGCUUCAAGGUCAGCUGAUGACAACACAGAGGGUAAUGGACAGCUGAGACAUCUGUCCUUACCAGGAAUUUCCAGCAUUGAAGAUCUUCAGAUUUUGUUUGAAAAAGCAACUGAAGAUGGUGAUGGAAAACUGUCAUAUGAAGAUCUUCAAAAGCUGCUUGGCUCUACAGCCCAGGAGUCACAGAGCUUUAAGAAAUUUGACACAGAUGGAGAUGAGAAAUACUCAUUACAAGAACUGAGAUUAGCUUUAGGUGUAUAGGAUAUAUAUUUAGAAAUGUGAUAUUGAUGGAUGCUACUGUAGCUAAAGGAAACUACGGGACAUGAAAAACUACGUCUGCACUUUCCCAGUGUUUUACUGAUCUUUGGAGCUAAAUUACUGUACACAUUGCCACCUCUUUUUUUUUGUUUGCAUUUAUUGAAGAGAAAUUUACAAAUUUAUAUGUCGAUAGGACAUAAUAUUGGGACUGUGCUAAAAUACAGAAAAUUCCCAAACUUGGAAACAUUUUCCUCUCAUUCUUUUCAAGGGAGUUCUUGUUUUUAAUUUAAAAUGUGUACAUACUGAAAUAAAACGAUGGUUUUAUAUUUCACUGAAAUUUGCCUUAAAUUAGAGAGCUGCACUUUAUGUAGAGCAGAAGGAAACCUGUCUUGUAAAGAUGGGUGGCUUCUGCUUGUAAAUAUUUGAGAUAGA